CUUCCGUUUCCGGGUGGGAGGCUGAGUCACUCCCUGGCCCCGGCUGCUGGUGCUUGCUGUUCCUUGCGUCCCUCGGUCCCGGUCCGCUGCCCGCCUUCGCCGUGAUGCCGCUGGAGAACCUGGAAGAGGAGGGUCUGCCCAAGAACCCGGACCUCCGCAUCGCGCAGCUCCGCUUCCUCCUCAGCUUUCAGGCGCAGCGCCCCGACCCCGCCGUGCGCCAGGAGCUCAUGGCCGCCAUCCGCCAGCACGAUAUGGCCCCCUACUACGAGUCCCUCUGCAAGUCGCUUGACUGGCAGGUCGAUAUGGAGUUGUUGAAUAAAAUGAAAAAAGCGAACGAGGAGGAGCUGAAGCGCCUCGAUGAUGAACUGGAAGAUGCAGAGAAGAACUUGGGGGAGAGUGAAAUCCGUGAUGCGAUGAUGGCCAAAGCGGAGUACCUGUGCCGAAUUGGGGACAAGGAAGCCGCUCUGACAGCCUUUCGUAAGACAUACGACAAGACCGUGGCUCUGGGGCAUCGGCUAGAUAUUGUGUUCUACCUGCUCCGGAUCGGCCUCUUCUACAUGGACAAUGACCUCAUCACGCGGAACACCGAGAAAGCGAAGAGUCUAAUAGAGGAGGGAGGAGACUGGGAUCGACGGAACCGCCUGAAGGUCUACCAGGGUCUCUAUUGUGUGGCCAUCCGUGACUUCAAGCAGGCAGCAGAGCUUUUCCUGGAUACGGUUUCAACCUUUACGUCUUACGAACUUAUGGAUUACAAAACCUUUGUAACAUACACAGUUUACGUCAGCAUGAUCGCGUUAGACAGACCGGACUUGAGAGAGAAGGUUAUCAAAGGGGCAGAGAUCUUGGAAGUGUUGCACAGUUUACCCAAAGUGCGGCAGUAUCUUUUUUCACUCUACGAAUGUCGGUAUUCGGUUUUCUUUCAGUCGCUGGCCACUGUAGAGCAAGAAAUGAAGAAAGACUGGUUGUUUGCACCUCACUAUCGCUACUAUGUUCGGGAAAUGAGAAUUCAUGCCUAUAGCCAGCUCCUAGAAUCCUAUAGGUCGCUUACACUAGGCUAUAUGGCAGAUGCUUUUGGAGUCUGUGUAGAGUUCAUAGAUCAAGAGCUUUCCAGAUUUAUUGCGGCUGGGAGACUGCACUGCAAGAUAGACAAAGUCAACGAAAUAGUAGAAACUAACAGGCCUGACAGCAAGAACUGGCAAUACCAAGAAACAAUCAAAAAGGGGGACUUGCUGCUAAACAGAGUGCAGAAGCUUUCCAGAGUAAUCAACAUGUAACUUCAAGAAGCCCAGAGCCCAGAGAAGGCGUAACUGAGACGGUGAAACAUUUUGGAAAUAAUGUUGUGUAACUUGGUACACUAUAGUUAAUGGCAACUGUAGCUAGGGUUUUUACAGACUACUUUGCUACAUUAUACAUUUCUGUUCAGUGUUCAUGUUUUCAGAUCCACUUCAUUUAUUAAAUGUAUAAUACAGCC